CCGCCGCGGUUCGGCGCAGGGGGGAUCCGGCCGCGCCGAGCCCAGCCUGGCGGCUCUGAGCAGCUCGCCGCCGGGACGUCCCCUCCUCCCCGCGGGAGAGCGGCCAGCCCCGCUCCGGAAAUGCCAUUCUCCUGAGUGUACAAGGAACCUACAGAACUGUAAUGUCUUACCCUGCAUGGAAUAACAACUCUUUGAAGUUUUUGGGCUCUGCAGAAGUUACAAAUCAGCUGAAGCACCUGUGGAUAAGGAUCACCCUUGGUAAAGAAGCACACUGUGGUAGUUAAAAGGCAUUUCUAGGUGGCAGGGACAGGAUGAAGCUCUGCCUGGGGCAGGGGAAGCUGCUGGAGAAGCCUUGCAUGUAACCCAGGAUGGACUGGCUGUGACGGAGUGCCUUAGCUGGAGAGGUUGUUACCAUGAAGAGUUCCUGCAGAGCUGGCCUCCACAGGGAACCCCUGAAUUCCACAUCCUCCACCUUCCAUCAAGUCAAACGGGUUUCUGGUAUGCACUUAAAGCCAUAUCUCAAGUUACAGAAGAAAGAGCGAUCUCCAGAAAUAAGCCAGGAUUCCCUGAGAGGCUCACCUAUGAGCCACCAGAGAUCAGCACCAGAAGAAAAAUACCCCACCAACUGCACCAAACUCAACGUUUUCCCCAAACCCUCCCUGGUGACUCCAUCUAGGAAGCUCCUGGGUAUUAUUUAUCCAAACACUAUGUGCAAUAUGAACGGGAAAGGUCCAGGGGAUGCUCCGAGCACAAGGGAGAAGAAGAAUUCCGUGUCUGCCACGAUCCACCAGGGCGAAGAAGGGGAAGGACCUCUGGAUGUCUGGGCUGUGGUGAAACCUGGCAACACAAAGGAGAAGAUUGCUUUUUUUGCAGCCCAGCAGUGCAGCAGCAACACCCGCCCGGGCUCCAUGAAGAUCAAGAGCAGCUGGGACAUCGAUGGGAGGACGGCAAAACGCAGGAAAAAAUCCCUAGAUCUUAAAAAAGCCAAAAUCCAACUGGAGAGGAUGAGAGAGGCAAAUUCCAGGUGCUCCCAACCAGAGCCUUUCGCCUGUGGCAUCGAGCACUGCUCUGUGCAUUACGUGACCGACAAUGGGGAGGGGGUGUUCCCGGGCAGGUCCCUCUCAGUGAUUGAGAUGGUGGCUUUCCUGGAGCAACGAGCCAGUGCUUUGCUGGUGGACUGUGCUAAAACCUGCACCUCCCUUCCCACCACCCGGCUGAGCACUCAGCCCAAAGGCACCCUCCCCACCUCGGACCUUUUCUCCUCCUCCUCCUCCGGGGCGUGCGAGGUGCAGGUGGAGAGGGGAUCUUGUGUGGGGAAUGAGCAGCAGGGGGAGCCCCUGAGGGUGCUGGACAUGGUGGCCAAGCUGGAGUCGGAGUGCUUGAGGAGACAGAGUGAGAGGGAGGCCGGGAGCCUGUCCCGGAACAACAGCUUCCGCAGGAACGUCGGGAGGGUGCUCCUGGCCAGUGGCACCCAGCCCGAGGGAGAGGUGGGGAAGGGCUCCUCAGGGAUCCAAGCUCUGGGGGAUGAUGGCUUGGAGGAGGCAGGGGUGGGAGAGGCUGGAUACGGGGGACAGUGCAGUCCUCUGGGUGAUGCUGAGCUGUGGGGUGGUGCUGCCUCUGCUGGGCAGCCUUUUCCUUCUGGGCUGGAUGCUCGGGUGGGGAAUGUGAAUUCAGGACUGGCUCAGGAGGUGUUGGCCAUCACUGCUGCCAGGAGUGAUGCUGGAACACAACUUGAGCCUCCCAGAGCUCUGCUGCCUGCCUGCCCAGCUGCUGCCAGCGUGCCAGGGGCUUCCUCCCAGAGCAAGAAUGUUACUCUUGAUUGUACCUCGAAAGAAGCCGUGGUGUUCCCCAAGCAGAGCCUGCACCCUGUGAGGAAGGAGCCCUUGUGCAUCAGUAUAUCAGUCAGCAAGACUGAGAAGGGCUGCAGGAAGGAGAAGCUCUCCAGCUGUGCUUCCAGUGAAGAUCCCCUCCCCGGGAGGUUGUUUUUUCUCCAAGCUGAGCAGCCCGUGGCUCACGAGCAGCAGCCCCUACAGGAGAGCACCCAAGAAAAGCCAGGAGAAGGAGCCCAAAAUGAGGAUGAGGAUGCUUUGGCAUCCGACAGAUCCCACGUCAGAACCUCUGUCCCCACGGAGCCACCUGCCCUUCCUGUCCCUCCACCAGAAGGGGCUUUGCAAGUACUGGAUGCUUCCUGCUUCAAAAGGCAGGUCUCCCAUGACUUUCUGGAGACCAGGUUUAAAAUCCAGCAGCUUUUGGAGCCUCAGCAGUACAUGGCCUUCCUGCCCCACCACAUCAUAGUGAAGAUCUUUGGUUUGCUUCCCACCAGGAGCCUGGUUGCCCUAAAAUGCACUUGCUACUACUUCAAAUUCAUCAUUGAGUACUACAACAUCAGGCCAGCAGACUCCCGCUGGGUCCGUGACCCCCGUUACAGAGAAGACCCCUGCAAGCAGUGCAAGAAGAAAUAUGUGAAAGGGGACGUGUCACUCUGCAGGUGGCAUCCCAAACCUUACUGUCAAGCUUUACCCUACGGGCCAGGGUACUGGAUGUGUUGUCACCGUUCUCAGAAGGGCAUCCCAGGCUGCAAGUUAGGGCUUCAUGACAAUCAUUGGGUCCCUGCCUGCCACAGCUUUAACCGUGCUAUUCAUAAGAAAACCAGAGGAGCAGGGGCUGAAGUGGAAGAGGAAUAUUAGUGCACAUGCAACCUCUGAGGUUGUUUUUUGGGGUAGGAGGAGAUUCUCAUGCCUUGUGCUGUUUACAGUGUAUAUAAUUGUCGUGGUUUUGUUUUGUUUUGUUUGGUUUUUUUUUUCACAGGGCUUUGAAACUGCACAUACUUAAACACAAGAGCCUUUACCUUUUAGAUUAAAGAUAGCUUCUAGUCCAUCUCUGUAAAUAACACUAUAAAAACUAAUUGUACAGAUACAGAGUCUACAGCUGGCUGAACAACCUAAUCACUACAAUGCAGCUAUGAUAGUGUUGCAGCUAUAGGUGUGUGUGUUUUUAAGUGUCUUGUUUCCAAAUCUGUAUAUCCUGUAUAAUAUAUGAAUGUUUCUGAGAAGAAACUCUAAAUAGGUAAAGGUCAACUUGUUGAAAGAAGCUUCAGACAAUUUAACUGGACAACCUUAAAAUUAGGCUAGAACAGCUCCAUUAUAGUAGUGUGGCAGUGGAAAAAAAAGAAAAGGAUUAUUGUAUAGUCAGAAUAUAAAAAAGUUCUUGUCUACCUUACCCAUGUUGUCUGGUUUUGUUUUGUUUUUUUUCCCCCAAACCCCCUUUUUUUUUGUUUGUUUUUUUUUUUACUUAAAUAAAAUGUGCAUUCUAGAUCUGCCUUACCUGAUUUUCUCUUGUAAAACUCUUGCCCCAGCCUAAAAGUACUGUAAAUCAUGUGGCAGAAACUUGGUACUGUGAAAUAGUUCAGCCUGGCAGUGUGUGCUUCCUCUAGAAAACUCCUCUGGAAAGAAACAAACAAAAAACCAACCCCAAACCUGCUUUACUUGGAGAACUCCCUGCUCUAACACUGACAAAUUCCAGCUUUUUCUUUCCCUCCCAUGUGUGCAGCAGCAGCUCAGUGGAGGCUCCUGGUUCCUGGUGUGGAAAACAUCCAGAAAUGGGGACUCUGCAGUUUGAGUCCUGCUUCAUGGAUCAGCCCCUUGCCCAGAGGCACUGGAGGAUGGAUCCAGCAGGAUGACAGUGGAGUUGCCUUGGCUCAGGAAUGUCCUGGAAGCUUCACCAUCUGCUGUAGGUGGAUUUUUUCCCCUGGCAAGAGGAAUCCUUGAAUCUUUGGAGCACUUUGCCCUGCUCUGCUGCAUCCUGAGGCAGUGUGUUGGUGUUUGGAAGGGGAGCUGGGAUUCCUCAAGCACUGGGUGGGAGCUGAGCAUGGAGCAUCAGUUCCAGGGGUUCCUGGAACCCAUUCCUCACCUGCACUGCCCUGUUCCAGGCUCUGGUUUUACAGCUCCCUGCAUGGAAGGGAACAGUUUGGAAGUCUGAGGAUGUGCCCUGGACAACCCGUGAGUUCUUGAGAGCAGAGGAGGAGGAGCAGCAGCCAUUUUGCAGGCUGACAGAGCCAACCUGAGAACGUUUCCUGGAGCCUGCACUUCACCCCAUGGAUGUUUCCCUUCUCCAAGGCUGGACCCUGGCAACCCUCACUGCAGGUAACAUCUGAGCUGCUGUCCCCUUCCCACCAGGAUCACCCUGAACCUUCCUCUUCCCUGCAGCUCCAAAGAGAGCACCUGGGACAGGCUGAGGAGCAGCAUCUGGAUGGAGUGGAUCUGGAUGCACCCAGCUCCUCCUCUUCUCUGACCUUCAUGCAAGCUCAGCAAGGUGUAAGGGGGGGUGAGGAAAGCUGGGGGGCUGUGCUGGCUCCCUCUGCUUCACCCCUUAAACCACUGGUGGGAUGGGAAGGAGCAACUUGGCUUGUCCUAGAGGACAGAGAGGGUUUGAAGGCAAGAGCUUUAUUCUGUUAACAGAGGGAAAACUCAGCCCUUCCAGCCCUGAAGUGUGGGCUGGGGAAGCUCAGGAUGCUCCCAGGAAAUUUAAAAGGAAGUUUUUUGGUUCUCUGCUGCCCCAACACCCCCUGGUCAGACCCCACUCCUGGCUGCUGCAGCAGAGGUUGUGACAACUGGGAAGAAAAAAAAACCAGAAAUGUGGAAGGGUGUGGCUGCCUUGUAAUCAGCUGUGAGGAGGGAGAGGAAAAGCAAAAACCCUCCUGAGUUUGUGACUUCAUUCUCCUAACGGGGCUCAGGCUUCUCCCCAGGCUUCAGUCAGCUCCCCUGGGAAGAGCAGCAGAGCAGCUUUUGGGCAGGAGUCAGCUUGCCAAAGCCAUCAGCAUCAAAGACCUUCAGCUUGAUUUUAAUUAAGGAAGGAGAAGAAGCUGCUUUCCUGCCACCCACCCACAGCUCUGGAAAACCUGAGAUAACCAACUGCAGGCUGAGAGCAGCAAGGAAAGUCCCAGCCAGGCUGAAAUAGAAGUGGCAGGGGAAAAUAUUUUGUAUGGAGAUAAGGGGCCACUGAGGCCUUUUUUUUCUGGGGAAAAGGGUGUGAGAUUAUGGUCAACCCUUGGUUGAAUAAGAGGGGAAAAAAAAAAAAAGAGAUUAUUUUAUUCCUUGCAGCAAAUCAGUUUGGAGGAGAUUUUGCUCCUUACCCCAUCCCUACCCUUCCCUCUGUGCUGGCAGAGGAGCAGGGGCUGUGUUAUCCAUCAUUUGGUGCCCUGCUUGCCAGAACCAUCCCUGUUAGGUGGUGUUGCUGUUAGAAAUGGUUUUACAGAACAACCUCUUGCACCCAGAAGUGGGUUGGUUCUGCAGGAGCUGCCUCUAAGCCUUUUUUUUUUCCUCCUCAUGAAGUAGUAAGAGGUGCAGAGUUCUGUGGCCUUAGGGGCCAGGUCAGGGAGAACCCAAAGUCUGAUGAAUUUUUUUUUUUCUCUCCAAGAGGCAAUAAUAAGAAUAAUAAUGGUAAAAAAAAAUAAAAUAAGCAAACAUGGAAAGGCCAGUGUUGGAUUUAGAAAAAUGCAGUGGUCAGAACUGUGGACUUGAAACUUGUGUUACUUGAUUUCUCAGCCUGGGAGUGAUUUGAGUGUCUGCCUUGAAUUUCCAGAUAAUACCUGUGAAGAAACUGUAAAAACAUUUCCAUUGUUUGUAAGCUUCCAGCUGUAACCAACCUCUGGGCUUCUGGCAUGGCCACCCCUGAAAAAAGAAAAAAACAAAAAAUAAUUGACCAUUGGUUGUGGCUGGUGUUUGGGUCUUGCUCCAUCCUGCUCCUUUCCACAGCAUCCCUGCUGGCUGUACAGAGGCUCUGCCAUGCUCUAAGGGAUUCAGCUCCCUUGCUUUGGCCACAGCUCCCUUUCUGCAGCAUCUGUCCCCCUGCCACCCCUCCAAGUGUCUCCUCAGCCCUGCCCUGCAGCAUCCACCCCUCUGCCUUGAGCCCAGAGUUGGGGAUGGUUCCACAGCCUCCCCCUGGGCUGGUUCCUCCCUCUGCCUCUGCUGGGCUGCUCCAGACACCCUGGGAGCAGGGAGAGGCUGAGGGGCUGCUCCUCUGCCACCAAGGCAGCAGGGGACAAACCCUCCAGGGGUGGCACUGCUGAAACAGAAGGGAGCUGGGACACUGGCAAGCAGGAGCUGAGCUUGGCUCUGCAUCCAGGCUGCUUUCCUGACAACCAUCCCAAGGCAGCAAACUGCAGGAGCUCCAAGCUGCUGCUCCUCCUGCUCUUCCAGGUGCAGCAGCCAGGCCUGAGGUGCCAUCAGCAUCCCCAGCAGGGAGGAGGGGACAAAAAAUUCCACAAAAACUCCAGUGGGGUGGGGUUGUUUCUUAAACCACAGCCUGCCAGGCCACCAGCUCCCACGGGCAGAGCCUCUUGCUGAGAAAUGUGUCCCUUCCCUGUCCUUGCUUGCUCCACGUGGAUAGUUGCCUCCUUCAGAAGAGACACCCUUGGGUCCUCCUGGAAUAACCUCAGCUCCUGGAAUGACCUUGGGAAGCCUCUUCCCCUCCAUGCAGGAGGAAUUCAGGCUCAGCAAGAACCAUCACCUCACCCAGGAGCAGGUCAGGCACGAGAGACUCCGUUGAGUGUGUGUGUGUGUUCAGGUGUUUUGGAGGACUCCUCUUCCCUGCCCCAGUGGAGAUGCAGUUAUUUUUCUCUCAAGAAUUAUUUCUGUAGCAUGGGUGUUGCUGAUCCCACUGCCCCCUGACAGGUCUGCUCCCUGUGAUGCUUGGAAAGCUGGAAAUGUUUUGUGUGCUUCUCCCAGCAGGGUGAAAAAAAAAAAAAAAAAAACCAAACCCAAACCACACAGAAGUAAAAAUGAUAAAUAGACAACUUAAAAAAAAGAAAUUACUGUUAAAGAUUUAUUGCAAUAAUACAAUAAAAUUUAGAAAAGAAAAAAAAACAAACCCAAACCAUUUGUGUUUACAUCGAGUUCAGAAGUGGCAGAGAGAGGCUCUGGGUUUCUGCAGGUGACAAACAACCCUUGGCUGACCCACCUGAGACCUUUCCAGGGCACCUGAGGUGUCAGCCCAGGGCUCUCAGGGUCUGGUUCCAUCACCCCAGAGCAAUGAUCAUGGACAAAAGGCAGGACCUGGACUGAUUCCCAGGUUCCUUCCACAUAAAAUGUUCUGUAAACUCUCUGCUUGGCUCUCUUCAAAUGUAAUGAACAGAUAUUCCUGCCCACCCUCCCCCCCCCC